AAAAUAUAUAUAUAUAUAUAUAUAUAUAUAUAGGCUUUCAAUAAUCUUUGAUAAUUGUGAUGGAAUUACAAAGAUUUCUUGUUGUUUUUGUAAUAGUUUUUGUGUUAUUUUCAUGUGUAAAUGCACUUAGCAACAAUUUCUAUGACCAAACAUGUCCAGAUGCAGAAUCAAGUAUCAGACAAGUUGUUAAAAGAGCAAUGUCAAAUGAUAAAACAGUUCCAGCUGCUCUUUUAAGGAUGCACUUUCAUGAUUGUUUCGUCAGGGGUUGUGAUGGGUCUGUGUUGUUGAAUUCGACAAAAAACAACCAAGCAGAGAAAGAUGGACCUCCAAACAUUUCAUUACAUGCUUUCUAUGUUAUUGAUGUUGCUAAGAAACAAAUUGAAAAUAUGUGUCCUGGAGUUGUCUCUUGUGCUGAUAUUUUGGCUCUUGCUGCUAGAGAUGCUGUCACUCUUUCUGGAGGGCCUUAUUGGGCUGUCCCAAAAGGUAGAAAAGAUGGAAGAAUUUCAAUUGCUAGUGAAACAAGACAAUUACCUGGCCCAAAUUUCAACAUCUCUCAACUGCAACAAAGCUUCUCACAAAAAGGCCUUUCUUCGGAUGAUUUAGUUGCACUCUCAGGUGGACACACUCUUGGAUUCUCUCAUUGUUCAUCCUUCCAAAAUAGAAUCCAAAACUUCGAUAAGCAAAACGACGUGGAUCCAACGUUAGACGCAUCGUUCGCAGCUAAUUUAAAGAAAGUAUGCCCCGUUAAAAACACAGUGAAAAAUGCAGGGUCCACAUUGGAUACUACGACAUUUUUAUUCGAUAAUGCAUAUUACAAGUUAGUAUUGAUGAAGAAGGGCCUAUUUUCUUCAGAUUCAACUUUGCUCACAAAUUCAAGGACCAAAACAUUAGUGUCUAAUUUUGCCAAUUCCCAAAAUGAGUUCUUUAAAGCUUUUGCUGAUUCAAUGAUUAAGAUGAGUAGUAUUAGUGGUUCUGGACAAGAAAUAAGGCGUGAUUGUAGAUUUGUUAAUUAAAGUUUUACGAGAGGUUUCGAGUUUGAGGUUGUCUUUAAUCGUGCUCAUUGAAAAUUGUAAUUUCUCUUUUUCAUAAUUUUUUUUAAGUGCGUGUUUCUUGUAAAGUUUGAAAGGAGUUCGUGAGAUGAUUUAUUUGAGAAUAUGGUGUUUCUUGUAACCUUAUCGAUUUAAUUGUAACAUGCAUUAAGCUUGAGGAAAUAAAAUCCUGUUUUCGUUAU